UAUAUGUAUAAACGGAGCCGCCAUUUUCAGUGUGGAAGAAGCAGAAUCAAAUUACGCCUCUAAAAGAAAAAGAAAAACAAAAACAAAAACAGAAUUCUGGAAGGGUUGAUGGAACAAUCCUUCAACAACACAACCAGUACUGAUCUCAAGUACAAGGGUGUAAGAAAGCGGAAAUGGGGGAAGUGGGUGUCGGAAAUCAGACUUCCCAACAGCCGGGAACGCAUUUGGUUAGGCUCCUACGACACGCCGGAGAAGGCGGCGCGUGCUUUUGACGCGGCCCUUUACUGUCUCCGAGGACCCCAAGCCAAGUUCAACUUCCCGGAAAACCCCCCGGAGAUCGAGGGUGGCCGGUCGAUGUCUCCCCAACAAAUACAGUUGGUAGCGAGUAGGUUUGCCAACGAGGAGCCACAGCCACCUGUACAUCAUCAUCAUCAUCAUCAUCAAGAUGGUACGGAUGGUGGUGAUAAUUCGUCACGUGCAAAUAUCGAAACGUCGUCGUCUUCAGUGUCAGAUGGGACAAUAGGUCAAGUUGAAAGUGACAUGAACAACGUUUUUUAUGAGACAUGUGACGUGAAUCAUAUCGAUUGGUCGUAUUGGAACAUGUUGGAUUCCGGAGUGACUGCAUGCGAUUUUGGGUUUGUCCCACCACCACCAGAACCAACCAUUUUUGAUAAUGGAGACGAUGAUGACAUCACCCCUGAAGAUGAUUUUUCAAACCAGUCAUUUCUUUGGAACUUCUAAGCAUAUAUAUAUGUCUCUCUUCGCUUCAAAAUUUUUACCUGGGUCAAGAGAUUAUUAUAAUGUUUAAACUACAGGACUGGGUAGUUGGAUAGUGAAGAGAUGGGCGAUUUUUAGCUGCUCAUCUAUCUUCCAACCCUCUCUGUCUCAUAAGCUGCCUAAUUUUUCAAAAGGGCUAAAGGUUGCUUCUGAUUUCAGAGCGAGAAAUGGCUGAAUUUUUAUGCCAUCCUUCAAUCUGUAAUUCCCACUUGUAUUAUGUAGAGAUGUCAUAUAUAUUUUUGUCGUAGUCAGCCUUUUUUGUUUAGAGGGGAAUCUUCAAUUUUACUAUCAGAAUAUUCCAUCCCUGCAA